CACUACUGUAAAAGUGUGAAAAUUGGGAAUUAGGGUUUCGGAUUUCUGGGUUAAUUUAAUUCGGAUUUGAGCUGAUCAUGGAGCUAAGCUUCGUCGCUCCGUUACGUUUUCUCAACCACCUCCGUCGAAGUCUCCGCGGCGAUACUCUCUCACAAUCCUAAUUUUCGAAGACGUAACAUUGCAUCAGUAUUUGUAUGGUUGCUGUUGAUUCGCGAUGAGAUCCUCGGGCUCUCCUUCUGGGAGGAAGAGUAAGAAGCUCGCCGCGAUUUGCGAGGAGGAGUACAACAAAAACCACGGAGAGCCGAAGGACAGAGACGACGCCCCUCCUGCUGAUUCCGAGCUUCGGCGGAGCUCUAGGGUUAGACGGAUACCGUCAAUCCUCGACGCUUCUCCUCCUCCCGCAAAGAAACGGCGCCGUUUGAAUAGGAGUUCUAGGGGGAGUAGUAGCAGUAGAGUGGUGGUGGAGGAGGAGGAGAAUGAUGAUUCGGAUAAUUGGAAAUCUAGGUUGAGGUCGAGGAGGAGGAAGGCUGGUUCUCAGGCGAGGAGUGUUGUUAAGAGGAAGAGAAAGCUUGUUUUCGGAAACGGUGAUGGUAAUGAGGUGAGAGAUAAAGCUACUAAUGGUGGGAAGCUGAUGAAGGGUAAGAAGCGAGUGGGCGUUAAAGAGUCUGAGAGUUCGGAGGAUGAGUCGGAUAACAGUAAUGCUGAAGAGGAGAGUGCUAGCGAGUCUGAGGAAUCGGAUCAGGCUGAAAGUGAAGCUGGAGAGGAGGAUGAGAAGGUGAAGAAGGCUACCAAAAGAUCAGUUGUUUUAGAGAGUGAGGAUGAAGCUGAAGUUGAUGGAGGGGAGGCUGAGAGUGAGGAGGAAGCAGAGAGUACUGAGAAUGAGACUGAGGAUAGUGAAAGUGAAGCACAAGGUAGUGCAGAGAAGGAAGGAAGUGAGGUUGAAGGUAAUCUGGAUGGAACGGCAGCUGAUACUGAUGUUCGAAUGGAAGAAGUGGAGAAUGAGAGUGGGGAUCAAGUGGAAGGAUUGGAGAAUGAGAUUGAGAUGGAAGUUGAAGGAACUGAGAGUAAGGAGCUGGGUGCAAUGGUCUCUGCAAGUGGAAACGGCACUGGUAUGCCAGGGGAUGAUAGUGAGGUUGCUGAUAAUGGUAAGACCAAGCAAGGAGAUACUUUAGAUCCUGAACUACUACAGAAAGAUGCCAUCGAGGUUAAUGAGAGUUUGAAGCAGACCGAUGACAUUGGAGAGCAAGAUGCUUCCAGAACAACAUCUACUGAUAAGGCCAACGAUAAAGUGGGUGAAAGUGUGGAAAUGCUUGACGGGUUGCCUAUUCAAAAUGAAACUUGCAACAAAGUAGUUGACUCAGUUUGCACUUCAUCAGAUAGACUUGGUAAACCUCCCUUCAAGCAAGCCAGACGCUGUGGUUUAUGCGGAGUUGGCACUGAUGGCAAACUCCCGAAGAAGUUGAUACAAGAUAAUGGUGAAAGUGACGUAGAGGCACAUAGCGGUUCUUCUUCUUCAGGGGAGCCAAACUAUGACAUAUUAGAUGGUUUCGGAGAUGAACCUGGGUGGCUUGGCCGUCUAUUGGGCCCUAUAAACGAUCGUUAUGGAAUUUCUGGAACGUGGGUUCAUCAGCACUGUGCCGUAUGGAGUCCCGAGGUUUACUUUGCUGGUGUGGGACGCUUAAAGAAUAUAAGGGCGGCACUUUGCAGAGGGAGGUCAUUAAAAUGCACUCGCUGUGAAAGACCUGGGGCAACCAUCGGUUGUCGUGUUGAUAGAUGUCCAAGAACCUAUCAUUUGCCUUGUGCGCGAGCUAAUGGUUGCAUCUUUGAUCACCGUAAGUUUCUCAUUGCUUGCACGGACCACAGACAUCAUUUCCAACCCCAUGGUCGUCAGUGUCAAGUCAGGGUGAAGAAGAUGAAAACCAAGAAGAUGCGUUUGGAGAUGAGGAAACACUCAAAUGAUGCCUGGCGUAAGGAUGUGGAAGCGGAAGAAAAGUGGUUUGAGAAAUGUGGAGACGAUGAAGAAUUUUUAAAACGUGAAAGCAAGAGACUUCAACGAGAUCUAUUAAGAGUGGCGCCUGAGUAUAUUGGAGGCUCUGAAUCUGAGAACGGAAAAGCAUUUGAGGGAUGGGAUUCUGUUGCUGGGCUUGAGGGUGUAACCCAAUGUAUGAAAGAGGUUGUUCUUUUACCUUUACUGUAUCCAGAGUUCUUUGAUAACCUUGGACUUACACCACCAAGAGGUAUCCUCUUGCAUGGACAUCCUGGAACUGGAAAAACCCUUGUGGUUCGAGCACUGAUUGGUUCCCUCGCUCGUGGUAAUAGACGGAUUGCCUACUUUGCCCGCAAAGGGGCAGACUGUCUGGGAAAAUACGUUGGUGAUGCUGAGCGCCAGUUAAGGCUCUUAUUUCAGGUCGCUGAAAAAUGCCAACCAUCCAUCAUAUUUUUUGAUGAAAUUGAUGGUCUUGCUCCCAAGCGGUCAAGGCAGCAAGAUCAAACACACAGCUCCGUUGUAUCCACAUUGCUCGCUUUACUAGACGGCCUAAAGUCGCGUGGCUCAGUGGUAGUCAUAGGUGCAACAAACUACCCUGAUGCUAUUGACCCAGCAUUAAGGAGGCCUGGGAGAUUUGAUAGGGAGAUCUAUUUUCCACUACCAUCGCUCGAUGAUAGAGCUGCAAUCAUCUCACUCCAUACUAGAAAGUGGCCUAAGCCGGUGUCUGGAUACUUGCUCAAGUGGGUUGCUAAAGAAACUGCCGGUUUUGCUGGUGCGGAUAUACAAGCUCUCUGCACGCAAGCUGCCAUGAUUGCCUUGAAUAGGAGCUUUCCUUUGCAAGAAUCUUUGGCCGCUGCAGAGUUGGGAAUCUCUAGGAGUAAUCGUGUUGCUCUACCAUCCUUCUCAGUUGAAGAAAGAGAUUGGUUGGAAGCUUUAUCCCGCUCCCCACCCCCAUGCUCUCGUAGAGGAGCGGGAAAAGCAGCUAGCGAUAUAUUUUCUUCUCAACUUCCUGUUUACUUGGUGCCCUCUUUGUUACCGUCAUUGUGUUCUUUACUUGUUGCUUUUCAUCUUGAAGAGCGCAUCGUCCUCCCACCUCUACUUGCCAAAGCUGCGGUUGAUUUCCAAAAUGUGAUCUGUUCUGCUUUGGGCGACAAGAAGAUAACUGAUGCUUGCUGGUGGUCUCAUGUUGAUAGCCUUCUCCAGGACGUAGAUGUUGUAAAAGAUAUAGUUCAGAGACUUUCUUAUGCUGGGAUCCUGGAUGGAGGGUGUGACUUAGUUAGAUCUGUUUCAAGCACCCCUGGUGCUGGAGACUGUAAUUCGGGUUCUGCACAGUUCAUGGUACACCGAGUCCGCCGACAUCCUGGGUUGGGGAAUGCUUCUUCAGAAUCAAUGAACAACUCUGGGUUCCAACUGCUUAUUGCUGGAGAACCUAGAUCUGGUCAACGUCAUCUUGCUUCUUGUAUCUUGCAUUGUUUUAUUGGAAAUGCGGAGAUGCAGAAGAUAGACACGGCGACAAUUUCACAAGAAGGAAAUGGGGAUCUGGUGCUAGGCGUAACUCACUUAUUAAUGAAAUGUUCUAGCAGGAAAUCAUGUGUGGUAUUCAUGCCAAGGAUUGACUUGUGGGCUGUAGAGACAGAAACUCAACUGGAUGAGGAGGUCGAGUGUGAUGAUGAUUCUGUAAAAGAAAAUUCUUCUCCCGUUAGUCCAGAAACAGUGGAGAAAAUGGAGUUGCAGUAUUCUUCUCGAGUUUCACAUGCUUGGAACACAUUUUUUGAGCAAGUAGAAUCAUUGCGAGUUUCCACAAAGAUAAUAAUUCUGGCUACUUCUAGCAUGCCCUACGAACUCCUGCCUCCUAAGAUACAACAGUUCUUUAAGACCGACCUAUCAAAGGAAUAUCAGCCAAGUAUGUCUGAGGCUGUACCUCAAUUCACUGUACAAGUUGGUGAAAAUUCUGACCAGGACAUGGCCAUUGACCUGUCUGCUACUGAGUUGUCAAGGCGGGCAAUCCAAGUGUUUCUUCACUUAGUGCAUCAGGGAACCCAUACACACUAUGACUUACAGAAGGCAUACAAAAGAGAGGAUCCUGAGCAGGGUUGCAGAGAUCCAUCUUAUGAGAAUAAUCCUGAUCAUGGUGCAGAGGAAGAAGUAGGUAUCAAAUCAAAACCUCCUGAGGAUUGUUCUUUAAAAGUGCCACCGAUACCUAUCAGCAUAAAUGCGAAACCUAAAUCAACCUUGGAGUUAGCUGUUUCUACAUUUGGUUAUCAAAUUCUACGGUUUCCUCAGUUUGCUGAGCUUUGUUGGGUGACAUCAAAGCUUAAGGUAGGGCCAAGCGCAGAUGUUUCGGGUCCUUGGAGAGGAUGGCCGUUUAAUUCGUGUAUCAUUCGUCCUUGUAAUCCAUCAGAGCAGACUAUUACUGCUUCCGGUUCCAACAAUGUUAGAGGCAAAGAUGUAUCUGGCACUGCCAGGGGCCUCGUUGCUGUUGGAUUAUCAGCGUAUAGAGGAACCUAUACGUCACUGAGGGAAGUCUCUUUUGAAGUAAGGAAAGUUCUCGAGCUCUUAGUUGGGCGGAUCAAUCUGAAAAUCGAUGCUGGAAAGGACAGAUGUCAAUAUAUCAGAAUUUUGUCCCAAGUUGCUUAUCUGGAAGAUCUGGUUAACAGUUGGGUAUAUGCAAUGCGAAGUUUUGAAUCGAAUGCUCAAACAGAGUCGAUGAAUCCAUUGUCGUGUUCUGUAGCUGAUGCGACAGUGAGGGAUGAGCCAACUGAGCAAGGAACAUCUGAUCGAUCAAAAGGAGACCUGAAAGAAGAUACACAAAACAUGAAUUGUCCAGACCCUAUAGCAUCUACGGAUCUUACCGACAAUCAUCAGCCAGUUGUGGAGAUUACAGACGGCUUAGUUUUGAUCAAAGAGAAUGGUGAUGAUACUUCGAAUUCUGCAGUGUUGAUUGAGGAUUCAGGAGUAGUUUCCUUGCAUCAGGCUGUUCUCCUUGAUCUUAACUCUCCUGCAGCCGACCAUGAACAGAAUGAAACCCAAACAACAGCAACAGUCACUUGUUUGCAAGAAAAAGAUAAUUCCGAAAACAAUCAUGUUGGAUCUGGGGAUCCCAAUUCUAUCUCACAGGAAGAUCUCAAGAAAUCAGCUGACUCAAGUAAUGGUGAAGCAGUUCAUGGCUUAGAAUCUGCUAACAGCAUGCCUGAGCCAGUCAAACAAGUUGAAACACCUGCAACAACCACUCCUCUGGAUGACCCUAGUUUAGUUUGUUUUUACCGUUGCUGCCCUCAGUGUGUCUCCAUCCUCCAAGAUUCAAUGCGUAAAUUAGUUACUCGCGAAUUGAGACUUGGUAGCAGCCACAUCACAACAGAGGGUAUACAUGAUGCGGUUUCUUUAUUAUCAGUGGAGCUGAUCGCUGCUGUUAGAAAGUUCAUAUCUGCCAGAGCUACGCAGGAAGUAGAGGUUGAAGAACGUGAUGGAAGCUCAGAAAAGGAAGCGUGUCCUUGCAAAAGCUCACCUAGUAAUUUUCUUGCCUCGGCUGAGUGUUGCAGCCAUUCUGCUGAAGAGCAAGGGAGCUUAGAUAAAGCAAACGCAUCUCCAAGCGCUAAGAGUUGGCUUGAACCAGUAUUCGUUUUCAGGGAUGGAAUAUUGGUUCCUCUAAGUAGCAGCGAAGAUGACUCCGCUUUGCAUUGUAGAUAUGAUAGUUUCUGCCUUGGUUCCCUCAUAGAGUUGGUUGCAACUGAGAUGAAGCCUUUUUGAUUGGUUGAAUUUUUUUUAUUUUUUGUCUUUACUCAAAUCAACUGGUUUUGCCGGUGAUUUGCUGUUACAUUAGACUUAUGAAAAAAAAUCAGCAGUGUCAUGGCUCAAGUUUUUAGUACUCGGUUUAGGCUGCUAAUUGAUUUUUCUCUUGAGAUUUACUGUGAUUGUGAUUAGCCCAACUUCUUUUAAGUAUUCUUAUUUUUCUCAA